UAUAUGAAAGCUUUAAUUCGGUUCCCUUAUUUUUUUUUUGUUUAUAAAAACAGAACGCUAAAAAGGAGGAGCUUUUGACGAUUUGUGGAGGGUGUCGGUGUCGCGGCGAAAGAGGAAGAGGUUGAAGCAACCAGAGAAGAAACUGAUUUGAAAUUUAAGGUUGCGCCCUAAUCGGCGGCCCCUUUCCCUUCAUAAUCAAUCCCACCUCUUUUUUUCUUUUUGAACAUUAUUAUUAUUCAACAAGUUUUGAUUUUGAUUUUUACAUUUUUCUGAGUUUGGAUUUUCUUCCGAUUUUACCUUUUUAAAUUUGUUGAAUACCCAAUUGGAUCUGAUCUUAAUGGCGGCGUCACGGCGGCUACGGGACCUUCAAUCGCGGCCGGGGAAUAAGAUCUGUGUUGAUUGUUCCCAAAAGAAUCCCCAAUGGGCUUCUGUUUCUUAUGGGGUUUUCAUGUGUUUGGAAUGUUCCGGGAAGCAUCGUGGACUUGGUGUUCAUAUCUCUUUUGUUAGAUCUGUUACUAUGGAUUCUUGGUCUGAGAUCCAGAUCAAGAAGAUGGAGGCUGGAGGUAAUGAGCAGCUUAAUGCUUUCCUUGCCCAGUAUGGAAUACCCAAGGAGACUGAUAUUGUAACCAAAUACAAUACCAGUGCGGCUGGGGUUUAUAGGGAUCGAAUUCAAGCUCUUGCUGAGGGUCGAUCUUGGAAGGAUCCACCAGCGGUGAAGGAGAAUAUUGGAGUAGGGAAAUCUAGGCCUCCAUUAGCGCAAAGUGCUGGUGGAGGAGGGAGUAAGGUCAAUAAUGGAGGUUGGGAUAGUUGGGAUAACGACGAUAAUUUUAGAUCUUCUAGUGAUAUGAGGCGUAACCAAUCAACCGGCGAUGUUCGAGGGACGGGCGGCGGAGGGAUGCCGUCUAGGUCUAGAUCGACUGAGGAUAUUUAUACACGGGCUCAAUUGGAGGCUUCUGCUGCAAAUAAAGAUAAUUUUUUUGCCCGGAAAAUUGCUGAGAAUGAUUCAAGGCCUGAAGGAAUUCCACCAUCACAAGGUGGAAAGUAUGUUGGAUUUGGGUCGAGUCCUACACCUGCUCGAAGGAACGAUCCACAAAAUGAUGUUUUCUCUGUUGUUUCUCAGGGGUUUGGUAAAUUAUCUCUGGUCGCUGCUUCUGCGGCUCAAUCGGCUGUAAAUGCUGUUCAAGCUGGCACAAAAGAGCUGACUACCAAGGUGAAGGAGGGUGGCUAUGAUUACAAAGUAAAUGAAACCGUCAAUGUUGUCACAGCAAAAACAACAGAAAUUGGGCAAAGGACAUGGGGAAUUAUGAGAGGUGUAAUGGCAAUGGCUUCACAGAAGGUUGAAGAGUAUGCCAAAGAUGGCAUGAACUGGAAGAAUGAUGGAUGGCAACGGAACGAGAAUGAGAAAAAUGGAUAUUAUCAAGAAUUUGAACAUGAUAACAAAGGAUGGAAUUCUUCUUCUGGAACAGGACAGUCGUCAGGAAGUGGACAUCACAAUAAUUCUUACAACUCAAGUUCUUGGGAUGAUUGGGAUACCAAAGACAACAGGAAAGAGGAAACAACAACCAAAGUGAGUGGAACCCAUAAUAAUAAUAAUAAUAGUAAUGAUGGCUGGGCUGGCUGGGAUGACCAAAAAGAUGAUGGAUAUGAUCACUAUUAUCAAGCAUCUGAUCGGAAAACCGUCGGUCAGAACGGAAAAGCAGGUGGUGGUACAUGGUCAGAGGGAGGCUUUCUCUGAGGUAGCAUCUGAAAUACACCCCACAAGGUAGUUCCUGGUUUCCUCAAAUGAUGAAUAUUUGAAUUACUUGGAGUAGCUCAUACAGAUGGCUGGUCAACACAUUGGUAAAGCUAAAGACGAUGAUUACAGGAACAUAUAGAAUAGAGCUGAUAAGAUUCUUAUGGAAGUGGAUAUCAAAUCCCACUCAUGUUUUUUUCAGGUCAGUACAUCUUCAGUUUUCUUUUUUUCUUUUUUCUUUUUUUUUUUUUGGGGUGGGGGGUGGGGGGGUCAUGUUGUGUUUGCAAGUGCUGUAUCAUCAAAAAAACGUCGUCAAUAGAGGUAAACCCGAAUUAUAGACACUGUUUAUUAUGUGGUCAGGAACAUAAUUUGUGACUUCACAGUUGAUUUUUUUUCCUGUUUUGUAAUGAAUAGAAGUUAAUGACAUUCAUUCCUCGUGUAUGCUUUUCUGGUUGCAAUUGAGCAAGAAUUUGAUUUGA